AACAUAUUUGUAGGAUUAGAUCCAAGUGGUCGUCGAUUCGAUGGUAUGCCCAGCCCAGUACGACUAGACCACACAGACGCCGAAUAUGUCGAAGUUUUACACACAGAUGCGAUGGAUUAUACCAGCCAAGGGGCUAAAGACAUCUUGGGACACACAGACUUCUUCAUCAACAACGCGGAGGCUCAGCCAGGAUGUCCAGUGGACCAAACGAGUUACGACUUGCUAGCCCUCACAAGAGCCAUGUUGAACCAGGGCGAGGUCAUGCCAGGCUGCAGUCAUAAAAGGGCCUAUAAGUACUAUAUUGAGUCGCUGGAGAUUGAGGAAUGCACUUUUUUGGGCAUCAAGUGCCAAAGCUAUGCGGAUUUCAGGCAGGGCAAAUGCACAACGUGUGGCCACAACUGCAGGACCUUUGGAUUGGUCUCCUACUCAGAGCCUAACAAUGGCUCCUAUUUCCUCCAGACCGACUCGACGAAGCCCUACUGCUUGUUUCAGUACAGGGUGAAUGUGUCGAUCAAAGGGACCAAGUCCACCUUCUUUGGCUCUUUUGAAUUCUUCCUAAUCGAUAAGUUCCAUUUUAUCACCACGUCCUCCAUGAUGGAGCCCAGGGAAUUCCUUGCUGGGGAAAGCAACAGUUUUGUUUUCUAUUCGGGGGUGCCGGAAAUGGCCAGGAUCAUCAACGCGAAAAUUGGCUGGAAGGAGAAGCCAAACGCCUUCUGCUUCGUCCACUGCAAGCAGGCCAUUGAUGUGGAGAGAGUCACCAUACAGAGCAUCAACAGCAACACGAAAUAUUCUCAGCAGGUUUCUCUCUGUCCAAAGGACGGGAUGACGGAAAUUCAGAACGGGGAUUUCCAAGAGUUCGAGGUGUGCAAGAAAUGAGUUUAUUUUCCACUAAGUCGUAAAGUAAUAUACAAU